GUUUCAGUUGUUGGAUGCUUUUGCCCUUUUCUUUUUCUUUCUUUCUUUCUUUCUUUCUUUCUUUCUUUCUUCUUCAAUCUCUCUCUCUCUCUCUCUCUCUCUCUCUCUCUCUUCCUCUUCCUCUUCUUCUUCGUCUUCAGUUUCGGCGUGCUGAAGAAGACGCUUGAGAAGUAAUAAUCACAGUGACAGAUUUGAUUUGACCCCUCAAAAAUCUCUCAUGCUUGACUCCUGCUGUUUUUACCCUAAGACGGAGGAGGAGGGUCACGAGGCUUUAGUUUGCAAUCACCGGCCAAGUUACGGCGGUGAUUCGCCGUGUAAGAGAAUGGGUUUGUUUGUUUAAAAAGUGAAGAUUUUUCUUAGAUCUUCGAUGAGAAAGCACGAGACUUUGUGAUUUUGAUCUCUCUUUUUUUUGGGUGUUUUUUGGGGGUUUUGAUUUAAGAAUCCUCCGAUGAAGGCGUUACGGAGAAGUUAUACUUCUACGUCUUCCGCUAAUAAUAAUAACUCUUCUUCUUCGUCUUCACCUCCUUCUAAUUCUAAUUCUAAUUCUAAUUCUAAUUCUAAUUCAUCUUCUUCGAGUUCUUCUUCAUCUGCUUCUUCGUCUUCUUCAUGGAUCCAUCUACGGUCUGUUCUGUUUGUGGCUAAUCCUUCGUCUCCAUCUUCAGUUUCUUCUUCCGAUCGCCGGCGUAAAUCACCGUGGUCUCGCCGGAAAAGAAAAUAUGCAUUGACGCCUCAUCAGUGGAGGAGUUUAUUUACACCGGAGGGUAAACUCCGUGAUGGUGGUGUUGGAUUUCUGAAGAAAGUUAGAAGCAGAGGUGUUGAUCCAAGUAUUCGUGCAGAAGUAUGGCUGUUCUUACUCGGAGUCUAUGAUUUGAAUAGUACUAGUGAAGAAAGAGAAGCAGUGAAGACACAAAAAAGGAAAGAGUAUGAGAAACUGCAGAGACGGUGCCAGAUGCUUCUCAAGUGCGGCACUGGAAGUACUGAUAAUCUUGAGGAACUUCCUUGUGAGGACGUAAACGGUGGUCAAUGUGUUCGAUUUGUGGAUGAUUAUAAGAUUGCGGGACCAAUGACAAAUCAAGAUGUGGUCUGUGCUCUGAUUACUGAUUCUUCUGAUACAGACUCGUGUGAAGACAAUGAAGAUGUUCUACUACUCCCAUCUUUUGUAUACAGCGAUGCGAAGAAACCAGAGGAGGAUAAAAGUAACAACAACUCUGAAGAGAGUAGUUCUCCUCUUGUAGCUACUGCUGAUGAGAUUCAAGUAGAAGUCGCUGUACAUGAAGACUUCUCUACUUGGCAACGUAUCAUCCGCCUUGAUGCUUUACGUGCUGAUUCUGAGUGGGCAACUUAUUCUCCAUAUUCAACUGCAGUCACUGAAAGCAAAGCUCGUGGUUUAGCUGAGUCUGUAGGGUUAAAAGACUAUGAUCACUUAGAAAGCUGUAGACUUUACCACGCUGCACGGUUAGUUGCAAUUCUUGAAGCAUACGCUAUGUAUGAUCCUGAGAUAGGCUACUGUCAAGGAAUGAGCGAUCUGUUAUCUCCCAUUCUCGCUGUGAUCUCAGAGGAUCACGAGGCUUUCUGGUGCUUUGUGGGUUUUAUGAAGAAAGCUCGGCAUAAUUUCAGGCUUGAUGAAGCAGGGAUUCAAAGGCAGCUGAGUAUUGUAUCGAAGAUUAUAAAAAACAAAGACUCUCAGCUUUACAAACACUUGGAGAAUCUUCAAGCUGAGGAUUGUAGUUUCGUUUACAGGAUGGUGCUUGUGAUGUUUAGGAGGGAGUUGAGUUUUGAACAAACGCUAUGUCUCUGGGAAGUGAUGUGGGCUGAUCAAGCUGCCAUUAGAGCUGGAGUUGGAAAAUCGCCGUGGAGCAGAAUCCGGCAACUAGCACCACCAACUGAUGAUCUUUUGCUCUAUGCAAUCGCGGCGUUAGUACUACGUAGGAAGCUUAUCAUACAGAAGUACAGUAGUAUGGAUGAGAUUGUAGAAGAGUGUAACAGCAUGGCUGGUCAGCUUAAUGUCUGGAAGCUUUUAGAUGAUGCGCAUCAUCUUGUCGUCACACUCCACGACAAGAUUGAAACUCUUUCUUCUCAAUCUCAGAGCAUUUGAUGAAGUCUCUCUUAAAGCCAGGAAUGAAGUGUUUCCACUACACAAAGGCCCUUGCACUCGUCUGGCUGUGUUUUGUCAAGGUCUAAGGUUUGUCGCGGUUUGGUUCGGUUCUUACUGUUUUUACUCCUUUCUAUUCUUUUUUUUUUUUUUUGUUUCCUCAUCACACAGAGAACACAAUACUAUCCUUAUCACUUUUAUUGUAGUACUAAUGAAAAUAGACAAGACAAAAAUUCCUGUUAAAAUGUAACGGAUGAGUCUGAAACCUAUUUGUAUGAAUCUUAUUUGCUCAAUUGUAGAAUUCCAGAUUCUCAGA